UUAAACAGGGCGUAUCCGCUGCCUGUUAACCAGGAAACGUGUUCGUGUUUGUGAGCGGUUCCUCCUUCGGUUUAGUUUGACCAGUGGUGGGUCUGACCAGAGGUGUACCAGCCGUCCGACUGACUCAUCUCCACCGGGCAGCUGCCAAACCGCGGCUCCGUCCAUCAAUGGCUAAUUCAACGGCCGUUACCAUCAACGAGAACGGUGGAUCCUCCAGAGGCAACCCCGACUACAUCGCCUUCGCCCUGGUGCCCACCUUCUUCCUCCUGGGGCUUCUCGGGGUGGUGAUCUGCCACGUGCUGAAGAGGAAGGGCUACCGGUGCACCACCGCCCAGGACGAUGAGGAGGAGGAGGAGUGUGUGGAGGAAGAGCAAGACCCGGAGUGGGGCGGAGAGAUGAACGACACGCUCAGCGACAACGACACCGUGGGCCAGAUCGUCCACUACAUCAUGAAGAAUGAAGCCAACUCAGACGCUCUGAAGGCCAUGAUUCACGAGAACAGCAUCGAUUCAGACGGUCGUCCGGCCACGCCCACUUCGGUGGGCCCCUCCACGCCUCCCCUGACCCCCGUGUCUCCGGGGGCCCCCCCCGGAGCGCCCAAGCACACCUGCAACCACCUGCACACCAUCGGGGGGGCCGGCGGCCACAAGAACAUCUGCACGCGCUGCAGCCAGAAGAAGUGGCCCCAGAUGAGGCGGCCGUCGGCCCGCCGGCCGGAGCAGCGCCGCAGCCACCACGGAGAGGUCACCGUCCUGUCCGUGGGCAGGUUCCGGGUGACAAAGUGUGAGAAACCGACCCGGGAGCGGCGGACUCUGCUCAUAAGCGACUCCAACGGCAGCGUCCCCUCCACGCCCACAGAGGCCGAGCCCCCCAGCCGGACGCCGUCCGAGUCCCAGCAGGAGCAGAAAGAAAACCUGGACAAGGACCAACGGUAGACCUCCAGGUGUUUCCAGCUGUCCGAAGAGGGGGAGAGCGCCGUCCGGACGCUUUUUUAAACCCAAAGAAAACACAGG